GAGAGAAAAGAAAAGAAGGGCGCGCAGGCGCGAUCUCGCCACUCGCUCGCUCGCUCGCGCUCGCUCCCCCGGGCCAAUCGGCACGCGGAGCCGUCGGCUCCCCGCUUUCCCCUUUUCUCGCCGCCGCCGCCCCCCCACUUGCCCCGCCAAGGGUGGCAGCACGCGCUCCCCUGGGCCGCGCCCCACCUCUCUCUGCCCGAUCAGCCGUUGGUGUCGCGCGCCUGCGCGCAAGGGCAACAGGAGGAGGCGGAGGCAGGCGGCUGUGGUGGUGGUGGAGACGGGGACGGGGAGAGCAGCCGAGGCGGGAGCGGGCGGCGCUCCUCAGCCAUGGCGGAGCGAGGGGUGCCCGGCGGAGGCGGCAGCCAGCGGGGAUCGGCGGCCCCGUCCCCCCUGCAGCCCGCCGCCCCGUCGUCUUCGUCGUCCUCUGCCGCCGCCGCCGCCUCCUCGUUGUCGUCCUCGGCGGCUCCGGCUCCUCCUCAGAGCGCCCCGGGGCAGCAGCAGCAGCAGCAACCGCCGCCGACGCCUCCGUCCUUGAUGCCGCCGCCCCCGGCGCCCCCUCAGUCCUCCGCCCCCCUGGGCCCCGUGGGGGGCGCCCCGCUCGCGGCCACGGCGGGGGGGCGCCCCGUCCAGAUGAACCUGUACGCCACCUGGGAGGUGGACCGGAGCUCGCCCAGCUGCGUGCCCAGGUUGUUCAGUUUGACCUUGAAAAAGCUCAUCAUGCUCAAAGAGAUGGACAAGGAUCUAAACUCUGUGGUCAUCGCAGUGAAGUUGCAGGGUUCAAAGAGGAUUCUGAGAUCCAAUGAGAUUGUCUUGCCUGUCAGUGGACUUGUGGAAACGGAGCUUCAGUUGACCUUCUCGUUACAGUACCCCCACUUCCUGAAGCGAGAUGCUAACAAGCUGCAGAUCAUGCUGCAACGGAGGAAGCGCUACAAAAACAGGACCAUUCUGGGCUACAAAACCCUAGCCGUGGGACUUAUCAACAUGGCUGAGGUUAUGCAGCAUCCAAGUGAAGGAGCCCUGGUGCUUGGACUCCACAGCAACGUGAAAGACGUUUCAGUCCCUGUUGCCGAGAUUAAAAUCUAUUCUCUGUCCAGCCAGCCGAUCGACCAUGAAGGGCUCAAAUCAAAAUUAUCAGAUCGGUCACCUGACAUUGACAACUACUCGGAGGAGGAGGAGGAGAGCUUCUCUUCUGAACAGGAAGGGAGUGAUGACCCCUUGCAUGGGCAGGAUUUGUUUUAUGAAGAGGAGGACCUUAGGAAGGUGAAAAAAACUAGAAGGAAACUGACCUCGGCUUCUGCCAUCACUCGGCCAAAUAUUAAGCAGAAGUUUGUGGCUUUGCUGAAGAGGUUCAAAGUCUCGGAUGAGGUCGGCUUUGGGCUGGAGCAUGUGUCCCGGGAGCAGAUUCGGGAGGUUGAGGAGGACCUGGACGAGCUCUACGACAGCCUGGAGAUGUACAACCCCAGCGACAGCGGCCCUGAGAUGGAGGACACGGAGAGCAUCCUCAGCACGCCAAAGCCAAAGCUCAAGCCUUUCUUUGAGGGGAUGUCCCAGUCCAGCUCCCAGACUGAAAUCGGCAGCCUUAACAGCAAAGGGAGCCUCGGGAAAGAUGCCACCAGCCCAAUGGAAGCAUCCAUGGGGGACAAAAUGAAACCCCCCCGGAGUAAAAACACAGAUGACAGCAUCAAUGAAUCAGACACGCUGGAAUGGAAUGAGCAGGAUUCCUUUGCAGACUCCACCACUACCUUAGUCAUUCCAGAAAAAGUCAAGACGCCGAUGAAGACCAGCAAGGGAGAGCUUCAGAGCAUGGCAUCGCCUAGCAAAAUGGACAGUGCCACCCACACCCCCCGGCAGAAGCGCAGCACCCCGCUCAAAGAGCGCCAGUUCUCCAAGCCCCUCAGUGAAAGGACGAACAGUUCGGACAGUGAACGGUCACCAGACCUAGGCCACAGUACACAGAUUCCUCGCAAGAUCGUCUACGACCAGCUGAACCAGAUCCUCGUGUCCGACGCCGCUCUGCCAGAAAACAUCAUCCUUGUGAACGCGGUUGACUGGCAAGGCCAGUAUGUAGCCGAUCUCCUUCAGGAUCAGAAGAAGCCGGUGGUUUGCACGUGCUCCACCAUUGAAGUGCAAGCCGUCCUCUCUGCCAUCCUCACCCGGAUCCAGCGAUACUGCAACUGUAACUCGUCCAUGCCGCGUCCGGUGAAGGUGGUGUCCGUGGGGGGCCAGAGCUACCUCAGCGCCAUCUUGAGGUUUUUUGUGAAGCAGCUGGCCAACAAGACCUCCGACUGGCUGAGCUACAUGCGGUUCCUCAUCAUCCCACUAGGCUCUCAUCCUGUAGCCAAGUACAUGGGCUCCGUGGACAGCAGAUACAGCAGUACGUUCCUGGACACCACCUGGAGAGAACUCUUCAGCAAGUCCGAGGCUCCUGUGACUGAAUCCCUCGAUGUGGUUGGGCGCAUCAUGCAAUAUGUGAGUGGCGCCAACGUGACCCACCACCUGCCUGUGGCCGAGGCCAUGCUGACCUGCAAACACAAAUUCCAAGAUGAAGAUUCUUACCAGAAGUUCAUCCCUUUCAUUGGGGUGGUUAAAGUGGGCCUCAUUGAAGAUUCUCCUGCCGCUACAGGGGAGGGAGACGACGCUCCUGUCAUCAGCCUCACGGUCCCCUCCACCUCGCCCCCUUCUUCUUCUGGCCUGGCCAGGGACGCCACCGCCACCCCUCCGUCGUCCCCCUCGAUGACGAGCGGACUGGCUGUCAUGGGGUCCCCCAACAGCCCUUACGGUGACGUCAUUGGGCUGCAGGUGGAUUACUGGCUCGCUCAGCCCACGGACAAGCGGAAGGAAGGGGAGAAGAGGGACGCCAGCUCCAAGAACACCCUCAAGAGCGUCUUCCGCUCAGUGCAGGUGUCCCGGCUCCCCAACAGCGGGGAAGCCCAGCUUUCCGGAACCAUGGCCAUGACGGUUGUCACCAAAGAGAAGAAUAAGAAAGUUCCCACCAUAUUCCUGAGCAAGAGACCCAAAGACCGAGAGGUGGACUCCAAGAGCCAAAUGAUCGACGGCAUCAGCCGGCUCAUCUGCUCGGCCAAGCAGCAGCAAACCAUGCUGAAAGUUUCCAUCGACGGCGUGGAGUGGAGCGACAUCAAGUUUUUCCAGCUCGCCGCCCAGUGGCCAACCCACGUGAAGCACUUCCCUGUCGGACUCUUUGGCUCGAAGCCCGCCUGAUGGGGACCGUGCGGCGGCCCCUCCUGCGUCCUCAUUGCUCUGCAGCCAAACCAUCCGCCAGACCGGAGCUGUCCUGUGGUAACGUCAUCCGUGUCGCGUCACUGUGUGUUGCUCUGGCCUCGCCAGGGAGGGACCCGGCUCUGUGGCCGAGAGAGAGGCUCCAUCUCUGCCUGCAGCCCACGAGCUGCCCGCCCGCCGCUUUCUCUUGUUUGCUGCCACGUCGUCUUGUGGGUGUCCAGCCGCCAUCUCUGCGUCUUGGGGCCGAGGCCCGCCGCGGGGGGUUCCACUGGUCUCCCGCCCGGAACUGGCACCCCUGUGCCUUCCGGAAGGACACUUCUGAGAACUUGAGGGCCUGCAAAAACCUGCCGCUGGGAAGCCUCGUCCCUGUGCUGCGUCCGCGCUUUGCUGAGCCAACCAAGAGCGGAGCGCGCUCUUUGCCGACGGUGUGCGCUUGUGCUCGCUCCGUGUCUCUGUCCUCCAUUUCAGACUUGGCCUUUCCGACAAGCACAAAGUGGGGAAGCCCACAGGUGGCUGUUUGGCUCGUCAGGCAACCCCGCGGGGCUCCCUCCGAGCCCGGCCUCUGCCCCCUCCUGGUGUCACUCUCCCUGAGUCAUCAUUCCCGCCAGGCGCCUCUGUGGGUCUUCCCUUCCUCCCCACCGGUCACCAUCCAGUGGUUCACCCCCAGCACUUUUCCCUUGGGGUCCAGAGCCUGGCUCCCUGUGGGUCUUUCCAGCAUGAUUGCACGGAGGCGUGUCUGCAGCGGAGAGGUCAGACCCCACUUGCAUGUGAGGCCCGGCCAGGUGGCCGGUGGUUCCAGGCAGCGGGCUGACAUCCGGCGCGCCGUGUUUGCUGUGCCUGGCGGCAGAGCGGAAAGGGACGUCAGCCCAGCCACGUCCCGUGGAGCAGCGGCUGCCCUGUGUCCCUCCAGUUCUCCGCACUCUUGAGCCCAUCUCCUUGGCAUUCCUGCGGCGGUCCCAGCAGCCGCCGCCACCACCCUGCCUUUCCCGGGUUGCUUUUCCGAAGCGGCCUCCGCCCUCUCCCCGGAUCUCCGGUGUGCCAUAGCAGAGAUCGCAGCCCUUGCCAACCGCCCCUCCAGCUCAGCCGCUGCUCGGACCGGAGCCGUCGCCCCCUCCCGUGCCUGCUGGGAGGCUGGCCGUCAGGGCUGGCUUUAGGGCUGACCAGUGGGGCAGCGAUCCCACACGCCUUCACCAGUCAUGCUCCCGGGAUCUCUUGGAGGGAGGUGAGCUGGAGAGGGCCUGUCCCUGCGUGAGAAGACACAGGUCUCUCCCUGGCAGGGCGUUUGCGCAUGCUCGAUAUGAUCUCUCCCCCAAACGCCUUCCCUUCCCACUGCCUCUCCUUAUCACGCUGGGCUCCUGUGGUGUCGGGGGGGGGGGGACGGACACAGAGGCUGGUAUUCCAGGGGGACAGGCGGGUCUCUCUUCCACCCCCCACCGGCCCCUUCUCACCUGGCAGGCUUUUGCCAGCAGAAGCCAAGUGCUUGCCCAGAUCCUCCCUGUUUCUAACCUGCUCCACUCCCGUCGUCGUCGUCCUUCUAGGCACCCCGGCGUCAGCCCCGUUGGCUGGCCGAGAAGAUCCCUAGGCCCCAGCGCCUCCACAGGUGCCGUCUAAAAGUGAUGCCGACAUUCUGUAACGCACCCUGGAGGCACUUUCUGGAUUCCUGGACGGCGGACCGGCAGAGCUCCUUGAUCCUGGCCGAUCAAGGACCUCUAGGGCCCCGCCCUUGGGGGUGGAAGCUGGGGCUCUGUGGCGCGACUUUGCCAGUCGGGAUCUGCUCCCGAGCCCGCAAAGUGGCCUUGCUCUUGUCUGCCUUUCAGGGGAGGCAUCGGUGAUGGAGGAGGCCUCGGCAUGCUGGGCCUCCUUGCGUCUGGCAUCAGAUCCCCGUCUCAGUCGGAAACGCCGCCUGUCUGGAUGAGACGGCCGGCGGGAGGGAGUCCAUUCUCCAGUUUCGUGGACCCCGGGGGUUUGCGGGCAGCUGCUGCCUCGGCAUGAAGGGAGUGUGUGUGUGUGUCUGUCUCGGGUUCUCUCGAGCAGGGGGGCCUGUAAAGAAGCACAACCCGGAAGGCUCUUCCCCGCCUGCUUGGCUGGAAUGCUGCCUCUCUGUCUCCCAGUUGUCUCCAGCUGCUUCCGAGGGCGGCGGCUGUGAGAGAGAAAAGGCCACUGUGUGGAGGGCACGGACUGGGCGCUGCAAGGCCCCUUGCCGGGACGGGGGCCUUCCCCUUGGAGCCAGCCCCCCGGUUCGGCACCCAGGCUGAGCUGCUGCAAUCCAACCCCACCACCAGCACCAGCAGUCACGUGCCCAUUCCUGGCUCGUGGGCAGGCUCGCCAGCUCGGGCACGUCUGCGUCCAGUGCAGGCGUCCGGCGGGGAGGCUUGGUGCGGAUGGGGUUGGUCAGUGACCUCUCGCCUCUGCCUCGACUGGGCGGGAGUCUUUGCCUCUUCCUCUGGCUUUGGGCCAGUCGGAAAGAGACGGAGAGACGUGUCUGGGGCGGGGGGGGGGAGCCCUGGCAGAAGCCUGGACCGUCUGGAGCUGCAGUCCAGGCCUCUGCAGAAGUGGCCACGAGCCGCCUCCUCCAGCCCGAUGGGGGCAGUGUUGCCACUGCCUCCCGCGUGUCUGCUGCGUUGCGUUGGCCACCGUGGCCUGGGCUUGUUUGGCGGUGAGGCCACUUGCCAGUCUUCAGGGCUGGCCAGCUGGCUUCUUUUCUCCCUCCUCCUCCCCCUCCUCUAAAACGUCCUGCAGGGUCUCCUGCCUUUCCCACUGCUUUCCCUCCAAACUCCCAAGGGACAGUGGGCAGAGGGUCCUUCCCCAAAGCAGCUGCGUGGAGGACCCAGAGUCUGCAGCUGCUGAAUGGGUGCCGAGUGUGUCGUCCUCGGAUCCCAGCCGGUUGGCAUCGUCUUCCCCCGCCCCUGUAUCUUUCCUCCGCGCUCCGCCCCAGACCCUGACACCCAACCUCGCCCCCUCCCCACCACAUCCCGCAGACAGAGAAGCCCCCAGCUAGCUUUCCUUUGGGGAAGAGGAGGCAGGCCCAGUUCCUAGGGAGGACUCCUGUGCCCGGAAGCGAGUGCGCAAGGGAGGCCACUGGGGGGGUGUGCAGAGGUGGUGAGGGCCAGCUCCUGCCUGCGCUUGGGCCACCCGGACCAUCUUCAGGCCCCUAGCCGGCCACCUGAGAAAUCCCACCAAAGAGCCCAUGGACUGAUCCUCCUGGGGGAGGGAGAGCCAGGGCGGGAGAAGCCGGGCUCCAGAGAGCUCCCCGGGGUUGGGGUCCACGGCUUCCACCCAGCCAGGCACACCUUGCCUCUGGCCUAAUUUCUCGUGUCUUUUGACUGUUACAGUGAGUGGGUCCCGCUGGGGCCCCCGUUGUGUGUCCUGUUCUGCCGUGUGGAUUUUGCACAUUCUGGAACUUCCUUUAAUUCAGAUGAUCUGGAUUUCUCUGUGCUCUUCUGUGUCUCCGCCACUGUACAGAGAUAUGAGUUUUGUAUAUAUAUAUACUGUAAUCUCAUGGUUAUUUUUUUGUAAGCGUGUUAAGUCUCUUUGCUUUGGAUUGCAGGUCCCAACCUCCCAAGCGGUUCACGUUCAGAAUCUCUGUUUGGGUUGGAUUUGGGGGGCCUUGUUGGUAUUUGACACAUUUUAUUCUUGGGGUCUGUUGUGUCCCCCCCUCCCCAUUUUGGAGUUUUUCAUUAAAUAAACUGUUUUUUUUCUUAA